AUGGGAAGCUUCAGCGACGAACAAUUUGAGCGCCUCUUGGCAGGCCUGGAUCAGAAUACUGACAGCGAGCCGUUUGAAAAUUUUCUUGGCAACCUGGAGGACAUGCCAGAUAUUGCGGCAUUCAGUUCCUUUUGCGACCCAACCCUCGUCCCGAUGAUGUGUGACCUCCCGGAAAGCCUUCUUUCCUUCCCCCCGCUCCCACCAAUUGAAGAGGAAGUAUCUUCUCCAAAUACGCCACCUGUCCAACCAUCGGAUGAAUCACCCUCAGCCCAUUCUAUUCCGACAUCUGCGCCCGAGAUAAAUGAGGCGUUGGAGACAGCCCACUGGGCAAAAUUCUUAGUCGAGUCGCAGCGGUCGCAGCUAGAAGCCAUGAAGGUGGAAUUAGAUAAGUUAAAAGCUACCUUUGAACAAAUCCGCAAAUACCAAGUCGAAAGUCUGAACCCCUGGGUCUUAGAAGUCCACAAUGCACUUCAGGCUCUCGGCUACCUGAAGGAUGAGCCUCCGGCCUCCGCAACCGAUGGCGAGUUUGACAUAAGCAUCAUCGAUUUCCCGUAA